AUGACCAUGUUAAAAUGGUGUUCUUUUUAUUCCUUUGUUCGAAACACUCGUUUUGUAGCAGAUAAUACGAAGAAUUCAAAAUUUGGCACAAGAAUAAUAACCUUAGGUCAAACACCAUUGAUAUGUAACACCGUUUAUCAAAGAGCAAUGCGUUCAUUUAGCACAGUUACUGCUUCAGAACCUUCACUUCGUAUUAGUGAAAAGGAGGAUAAAGUUCACACAGCUGGUCAUUAUGUAAAAGUUCCAGACAGAGGUCUUUUAGAAAUACAUGGUGAAGACACUGUAAAGUAUCUACAAGGAUUAAUUACAAAUGAUAUGUCAUUGAUAAGUUCUGGUGGAGGUGGAUUUUACACAGCAUUUUUGAACCCAAUCGGUCGCGUUAUGUUUGAUGCAUUUAUUCAUCCAAAAAAUUCGGGAACAUCAUUUCCACAUCCAACCUUUUUAGUUGAAUGUGAUUCACGUAUUUUACCAGAAAUAAUAAAACAUAUGAAAAAGUAUAUACUAAGAUCAAGAGUUAAAAUCAAUGAUGUUUCAUCAUUUUAUCAGGUUUGGAAUGUUUGGGGUGAUUUAAUAGAUAAUCUAUGGCGGAGAAAUCCAAAAAUUGUAGAAAUUGGGUGUAGGGAUUUAAGGUAUCAUAACAUGGGUGUGAGACUAGUGUUACCUCCCGAUACUAAACCGGCAAUACCAGGAUGUAUUACAGCAUUACCAUCAAACGAGUAUACUAUAAGAAGAAUUUUACAUGGUGUUCCUGAAGGAAUUCAUGAUUUUCCUCCAGGAGAAACAUUACCAUUACAAUCAAACUUUGACUAUAUGGGAGGAAUUGAUUUUCAUAAAGGUUGUUACAUUGGUCAAGAACUUACUUUUAGAACAUAUCAUACUGGAGUUACAAGAAAACGUAUUUUGCCCGUUCAAUUAUAUCGCGAAGGUGAAAGCGUACCAACCACAUUGGAAGUUGAUCGUAAUUCCAGUCUAGUUCUUCCACCACCUUCUAGUGAUAUCAAUAUAUUGAAUAGAAAGGGACGACCAGUAGGUUCUAUUGGUACUUCAUAUCAUAAUGUAGCUUUAGCAUUAUUAAAAUUAGAUAUAAUCCAAGGUAACGAGUUAACAGUUAAUAAUGGUCAAGGUGAAAACUUGAGGAUAAAACCUUUUAGACCUCAAUGGUGGCCGAAAAUUGAUGAUAAAGAAAAUAUACAAGAAGACCAAAAAGAUGAAUUAAAAGUAUAA